ACUGUGUCAGAAUUACCAAAUGUUUUACAUCCAAUAGCCGAUGAUUUAUAAAUCAAUGUGCUCAAGUGGUGUGGUUAAAAUGAAACAGACUUUAACUUUAACUUGAUAGGGUUGUGCUCCACACUUGCUGUCAGUUUAGCUGUCUUGGUAUCACUCGAGCCCAAGGUAUAUGGAACUUGCACUGUCUGUUUAUUCAUUCAUUCUUUCUUUCAUUCUGUCAUUCAUUCAUUCAUUCAUUCAUUCAUUCAUAUGGUUAGUGGUUAGUGACAGAGAAGUCAGUGUAGUGGUAUUACACCUACCCAAAAACAAAUGGUGUUGUCAGUUUUGGGGUCAAUCACAGUUUAACAGGGUCACACCUAAUCUAAAAUAAGUAAGAAGAGGCCAGUAAACAAAGAAUUUGGGCUUUGUAAUAUUAAUAGAGGAUCUUCUCCAGUUACAGAGGCUGGAUUUAGCCCAGUGGUAAAGUGCUCGGUCUAGAAUCAAUCCUUUUGAUGUGCCCAUUGGGCCUUUUCUCAUUCCAGCCAGUGCUCCACAACUGAUGUAAAAAAGAUCUUGUGGCAGGGCCAUUCUUAGCUGAAAAUAACUCAGGGUGCAGUAAAAGAAAGUUUAAAGAGAAAGAAAACAGAAUCAGGAAUGAAAUAAAGAUGCUUUUCCAUCUGUUAACAAUCAUACUGGCUGUCAUAUUAGUUCCAGUGGGUUGUUACAGUAAAACAAAAGAUGAAGAAAUGUCCAUGGAAACCAACUUCAUUGUUCCAUAUGAUGUGCCAUUCAAUUUGUCCUGCCAGAACUAUGUAAAUAAAUUUGACGGUUCCCUUCUUUCAAACACCCGCCACAUGAUGUGGAUUCUUCCUAACGGAGAUUUUAUCAAGCAUGGCCAGUCAACUCAACACCAUAAACGAGUGCAUGUCUUUCACCAAGGGAGACAACUGAAGAUUCGCAAACUCAACGACGAAGAUUUUGGAACAUACACCUGCCUGAUCUACACUCCAAUGACCAAGCAGUAUACUAUAAUCCAGAAAACAGUCAACAUUAAUGGACCAUACUGGGGCGAUCUCACAGAAAAGUAUCGGGUUAAUUUGAUAAUUGGCAGCGUUGCAGCAUCUGUGGUGUUGUUGUUUAUGCUGGCAUUCUGCUGGUGCUACCACCGCAACUCUUAUGACAGUGACAACAGGGAUUGUGUCCUCUCCACAUUCAGUCCAACAGCUCAUUGCGGCCACGAUAAUGUCACAUAUGAUGUUGACUGUCAGGUCAAAAAUACAUUGCCUGAUUCCAGUCCUGCUUUGGAAGUGCAGGAGGUCAAAGUUGAAAUACAACAUGCAAUUGAUACCAAACUUUAAAUUUCAAAAAUACUACUUUCAAGACACCUAAUCCUAAAUAUCAUAUCUAUUUAAUCAUUAUAUUGUUAAAAACUCAGUGACAGAUGCAGGUUGGAUAUUCAUGGAACCCAAACCCAAUUUGAAAGUUUUAGUCUGUAAUUUAUUGGUGAUUUUUGUUGUUGUUUUUUGUAAUAUUUGAUACCAUGUUCACUAAAGAUGUUCCAAAAAUGCAUAAUAUCACUCCCCUAAUAUGACAGAAAUUGAAACAGUACAUAGCAUAAACAUAAUACUAUUGCAGGUUCAUCAUUUGAGUCAGACCCCCGCACCUUUCCACAUUCCCUAUUUGUCUGACAAUUCUGCAUCUGUCACUGGAAACCACAUGAUUAAACAGAACAAAUCAUAACAUAUACCGGUAGUGUACUCAGUCUAAGGAAAGACUGGAAUAAAAAUAACUUUAAAGUAAUGGUUCAGACAAAUUGCUAAAUUGUUUUAUAAUGUUGUAAACCAGUUUGAGAAAAUAAAAUGGAAAUGUU